AUGCUUAUUACUGCAACUCAAUCCACUCAAGCAUCUCUGAAAGACGCUGGUAUUACUCCUGAUGUUGUUGAUGACUUUGUCCCUACCGCAAUUUUGAGUGUUAAGUACGGCGAGAAAAGUACAGAGCUGGGAAACGAAUUCACUAUUAAUGAAACCAAAGAUGCUCCGAGUAUCGAAUUUUUUGCGGACGACGAAAAUUCUCGAUAUACGCUUUUGAUGGUUGAUCCAGACGCACCAAGUCGUGCUACACCAAAGAACAGGGAAUGGCGUCAUUGGAUAAUUGGAAAUAUUCCACAUUCAGGAAAUUUAUCCGAAGCAACUGUGAUCACUUCUUAUAACGGACCUACUCCUCCUCCUGGCACAGGAUUCCACCGAUAUGUUUUCUUGCUAUAUCGUCAACCUGAUUCACAACUCGAAUUUCAAGCGGUACCUUCCCCUCGUGGUGGAUUUAAGGCUCGCCUUUUUGCUGAACAACAUGGGUUACAAUUAAUCGCGGCUAAUUUCUUCUUGUGUAAAAAUGAACAACAGUAA